AUGGGUUUCAAAAGAAGCAGUGCUGAUCAUACUAUGUUCACGUCUUUGAAAAAUUCUAAAAUUUGUGUUAUCUUGGUUUAUGUGGAUGACAUAAUAAUGACAGGUGAUGAUAUUGACUUUAUGCCACGCGUGAAGGAUUAUCUCAAUCGGCUCUUUGAAAUAAAGGAUUUGGGAACACUAAGAUUCUUCUUAAGAAUUGAAGUUGCUCACUCAAAUAAAGAAGUUUUUCUUUAUCAAAAGAAAUAUACGCUAGAUCUGUUGAAAGAAACUGGAUGCUUAGGUACCAAACCUGCAGAGACUCCUCUCGAAGUCAAUUGUAAAUUAAAGAAGGAUGAAGGUGAACUUGUCGAGAAUGUUCAAAGCUUUCAGAAACUUGUUGGUAAGCUCAUAUACUUGACUGUUACAAGACCAGACAUAUCUUAUGUUGUAAGUCUUAUUAGCCAAUUCAUGCACUCUCCUAGAUCAUCUCAUGUCGAAGCUGCUCAUAGAAUCUUGAGAUAUUUGAAAAGAUGUCCUGGAAAAGGGAUUUUGAUGAAACGUGAUCUGGCUCUUGAUGUUGUGGGCUAUACUGAUGCAGACUGGGCAGGAGAUCCAAAUGACAGAAGAUUCACUUCUGGUUUUUGUACCUUUGUUGGAGGCAAUCUCGUAACUUGGAGAAGCAAAAAACAAUCAGUAGUUGCUAGAUCAAGUGCAGAAGCAGAAUACAGAGCUAUGGCUUGGUGCACAUGUGAACUUGUAUGGAUUAAAUCUCUUUUGAAGGAUAUGAAUAUUGACAUCAAGAUUGGCAAGCAUAUCAAUAGUAUCCUGCUGUUACAAUUGAUCAGAUAA